AUGUCAGAAUCAACAACGAGCAAAGGUGUCGAGGGAAGUGCACAGGUAACUAGCGAUGUGCCAUUCGCAGACAAACCGUCGCCAUGGCUGGGCAUGAAAAGCCAAUUUUUCUGCUCCGUCGGUCGAGCAAAGGGAAUUCCAGACGCAUCUUACGCAGACUUGGAAGCUCAGUCGCCGUUUGCUGAUCCUGCUGCAAGCGGUCAGUUCAAGGGGGGUGCAUGCACUGUCAUGAUCGUGAGAUAUCUAGAAUCUCCCGUCGGUCCGUAUGAUGAAAUCUUGUGGAUCCCGGGAUGGUUUGAAGUCCCUGGUAAAAAAACGAGCAACCCGCGGGUAACGAGGAUAUAUGUUUCCCGCAAGGAAUCCAUUUACAAUGGGCGCAAAAAUUGGAAUAUCCCUAAACAUUUGGCGAGUUUUAAAUUCGUCCCAUCAGAUACGCCAUCUUCCACCAUGCCCUACUCCAGGGUGGAAAUAUCCUUGCCGUCCACCCCAGACCAACCAUUUGUCGUCCUCCAAUUCUCUCCCCUAACGCUCCUGUCCAGACUCAGCAUGCCAAUCAAUACUUCAUAUGUCCCCAUCAACCCGCUACUAGGGAUGCCGCCUGUUCCAGAAAGCAAAUCCUGGAAAGAGGAUGCUUUGAUGGGAACCAAGGAGUGGCGUCAUGCCAGAGUUGAUGUUUCAGGAUGGGCGAGGAUGGUGCGUGUCGAGGGCAAGCUUGGGGAUGGCCAUUCUUUCCCCGAGCUCACAGCUAGUGGCUACUGGGUGUAUAUCAAUGACGCGAAAUUGAGUUGUGUGACGGUUGGAGUGUGA